GUGUUCACGAGCAACCGCUCUGCGCAGACAUUGUACAGCUUAGUUAGCCACGCAGCUAGAGGAGAGUAUCUUUUACGGGAGGAAAAACGUCGUUUAAAAGCAUAUGUUAAGCAAAUGUGUUUUGUUUAUGAUUUUUUUAUAAUCUCAUGCUGUUGAGGAUACGCCUUUAUGCACUGCGCAACUGCUGUGCAUAAUUGACGCUGAUGAGCACACCGCACUGACACCGACACCGACACCGGCAUGAGCCGGAAGUGUUCUGACGAAUUACCCCUGGAGGAGGAGGGAAUGGAAGUGGACUGUAAACCAGAGGACCUGUCCAAGUGUGCCUAUGAGGAACGCUGUGUGGAGCUGACAGAUGUUAAAGAUAUGAGGCUGGAAGCUGAGGCGGUGGUCAACGAUGUGCUCUUCGCCGUAACAACCAUGUACGUCUCUCACAGUCUUACCAGUGGAGUGGAUGUUGCGUAUAUUAACGUCGAAACCAGAGAGGGACACCGGUAUUGCUUGGAGCUCACCGAGGCUGGGUUGAGGGUGGUGGGACACACCUUUGAUCAGGUCGAUGACGGUUUGAGCACCCAGUAUCAUGAGACUGUUUACUCACUGUUGGAUUCCUUAAGUCCUGGUUACAGGGAGGCAUUUGGAAAUGCUUUGCUACAAAGACUAGAGAGACUUAAACAAAAUGGACACUGAGGGGUUCAGUAUGACUCAAAACAUCUUGGUCAUUAAACCAAGUCCUGUGAUGCCCUCUGCUUAAUACAUCAUUGAUACUUUGCCAUUUUCAAUUUUUACCUGUUAUUUGUUUUAUAGAACUUGGAAAAUGACUUGCUUGUGAUGUUUUAAGUAUUAUUUAGAGAGGUAUUAUUUGAGGUUGCAACCGAUAAGGAGACCAGAUUAAUAUUACUCCACAUAAUUUACUAUGUUAAAAUAUUUGAGGACUUCUUGGUACUAAGAUCUUGUGUUAGCUGCACUGAUUUCAGCUUAACUGGGCCCAGCAAAGUAUUAUUUUUGAAGCUUCGUACUGUACUUGUGUCAUCAGUUUAAAGCUUGGUACAGGUAUUAUUAUUAAAAAUAAUAUCAGAUGCCUUAAUACUUUCAUCCACACAUUUAAGUUCGAUCGGUCCACAGUGUUGUGCAUACAUUAGUUUAAAACAGAACACUUUAGUAUGUUACCUUACAAUUGUUUGCUCAUAUCAAACCCCCUUGUGUCUUAACUUUUUCUUUGCUUUCUCAACUUGACAAAGUCGGUAGAAAAUACUCCAAAAUAUUUUAUUGAAAAUGUUAAAUUGUUUCUUUACAAUACUGUGGAACAUACUGUUAAUGUAGACAAUGGUCUUUUUCUUAAAUAAUUCAUAAAAGCAUUAUAUUUUUAUUUGCAAUGUCCUUAUUUUUGUUGUAAAGAUUGGUAUAUUUCAUGGUUGAUUAAAAAUAUCACACAAUA